UUUGAUGACAAUCCUAGUUUAAAUUUCAAAUUUGAUUUGUGAACAUUGAUUCAACAUACUUGGUGAAAUGAGUUUCGAGGGAAAAGUUGCUUUAAUAACAGGAGCUAGCAGUGGCAUUGGUGCUGACGCAGCUAUUCAUUUAGCGAAAUUAGGUGCCAGUGUUUCGAUAGUCGGUAGAAACGAAAUACGAUUGAAUGCAGUGGCCGAAAAAAUUAAGAACUCGGGUUCACCAGUACCAUUAACAAUUGUUGCCGAUGUGACCAAAGAUGCUGAACGUAUUGUGGAUGAAACGAUCAAACACUUUGGUAAAUUGGACGUUUUGGUGAACAAUGCCGGAAUCGUUGGGCAAGAUAACGUUACUACUUUUGACAUGCCUGAGUUUGAUCGAAUUUUCAAUACAAAUGUAAGAAGUGUUAUAACGUUGUCGAAAUUGUGUGUCCCACAUCUUGAAAAGACUAGAGGGAAUAUCGUCAAUGUGUCAAGUAUUGCGGGUCUUAAAGCUGUUCCAAAUGUUUUAUCCUACUGCAUGUCAAAGGCGGCUUUGGAUCAAUUCACAAAAUGUUCCGCGCUUGAUCUUGCACCGAAACAUAUUCGUGUAAACUCGAUUAAUCCAGGGAUUAUCAAAACGCCAAUAUUCAAGACAGUCGGUCUUACAGAGGAAGUUGCUGAAAAGAUGUUUGAUGAAUACAAAUCAAAAUAUCCAUUGGGACGUGUUGGGGAAGUUUCAGACACGAGUUCGGCAAUUGCUUAUUUCGCUGACGAAAAAUCAGCGUCAUUUUUAACAGGCAUUUUACUAACCGUUGACGGUGGAUUCAUGCUGGCAUAAAUCGUAUAAAUUUAGCAAUCUUCUUCAAGUUGAGCCUGAGGAUUUAUGAAUUUAAUGAAUAUUGAAUUUUGUAAAUACACUUUUCCAGUAUUUUAAUAUCGUUUACGAUUACGAAUAACAAAAAUACGAUUAGAUAAAGAAAUACGGAUGUUAUCUCGAAAACGAAUAAAAGGGCGUCUUUAUUGAUAAAA